ACGAGUACCUAGCUAUGUUUAUUUUGUAAUUUGUACACAGCACAAUUUAUAAAGCUGAAUACCUAUUAUUAAUUAUUAGUUUCUGUUGUACUUAAGUGGUACAUGUUUGCAGAUUAUCACAUUUACAGUGGUAGUUAGUUGUGUUCCAAAAGAGUGAAGUAUCAUCAUAGAACCCAAAAUGAGCGAUUCUGAAUUAGGAUACGGUUCAUCAUUUACUGUAGAUUCUGUGAAAGUUAUAGCAGAAAGUGUUGGUAUUGGAAAUCUUGUUGACGACGCCGCGAAAGAGCUGGCCGAUGAUGUUUCAUACCGCCUGAAAAUAAUCGUACAGGAUGCUAUGAAGUUCAUGCAACACUCCAAACGGCAGAAGUUAUCUAUUACGGACAUUGAUCAUGCUUUAAAAGUUCAAAAUAUUGAGCCACAAUAUGGAUUCAUUCAACCUGACACAUUGCCAUUUAGAUUUGCCUCAGGAGGUGGUAGAGAACUGCACUUUAUUGAGGAGAAAGAUAUUGAUUUGUCUGAAAUCCUGUCUGCACCUCCACCAAAGAUACCACUUGACAUUUCGUUAAGAGCUCAUUGGCUUAGUGUUGAUGGUGUGCAGCCUACAGUUCCAGAAAAUCCACCUCCAUUAUCCAAAGAGGCGCAGAAAUUAGAAUCGGUGGAUCCUAUUACAAAACUGAGUAAACCUGCUAAUAAAGAUUCUGCCGGUAAACCAGUAUGUGGCAAAGCAGCUCGGUUGAAAGCAUCAGAAUCUGUACAUGUUAAGCAACUCGCCACACAUGAACUCAGUGUGGAACAACAAUUGUAUUACAAAGAAAUCACUGAAGCUUGUGUUGGAAGUGAUGAAGGACGACGUGCGGAGGCUCUGCAAUCUCUGGCAUGUGACCCUGGCUUACACGAGAUGUUACCAAGGAUGUGCACAUUUAUCUCUGAAGGGGUGAAAGUCAAUGUGGUGCAGAAUAAUUUGGCACUCCUCAUUUACUUGAUGAGGAUGGUGAAAGCAAUGCUUGACAACCAAUCAUUGUAUUUAGAGAAAUAUCUGCAUGAGCUGAUACCAUCAGUGUCUACGUGCAUAGUGGCCAGGCAGCUUUGCAUGAGACCGGAGGUGGACAACCAUUGGGCGUUGCGAGACUUCGCCGCGCGACUCAUGGCGCAAAUAUGCAAGACCUUUAAUACUUCCACCAACAAUCUACAGACGAGAGUCACGAGAUUAUUCUCGAAGGCUUUGCAGUGUCCAUCUCAGACCAACAAUGAAAGCGGUCCGUCCAUGGUUCCCUCUAUGAAAGAGUCUGAAAAAACACCACUGGCUUCCCUUUAUGGUGCAGUUCAAGGCUUAGCAGAACUGGGCGCUGAAGUUGUGAAGGUGUUCAUAUUGCCGCGCGUGCGCUGGCUGGGCGAGCGUGUGGAGGGUGCUCUGAGCGGCAUAGGCGGUGCGGAUCGGCUCGCGGCUGGCAACCUCAAGCACCAACUCCUCAAGGUGCUGGCUCCAGUGGUGCGCGCGCACCGCCAGCCACCCGACCUUCCCGAAGACUACAAACGUGAGUACGGCUACCUGGGGCCAAGCUUGCAGCAGAUGGUGAGCAAGCUGCGGUCGUCGCCGUCGAGCGGCAGUGGGGGCGGUGCAGUAGCCGUGGUAACGUGUACGCCGCCGCUGCUGCCCUCCCCGUCACCCGCACCCUCGCCAGCACUGCCCACGCUCGUCUCCUCUUCGCCUUCGCCCGUCUCGAUACAGCAUACGUCGCACACGCACUCCAAAACUAUUGAAUCUGUGGCGAAUCGCAACGUGGUGAUAACAUCGUCUGCGCCGCAGUCACCGGCGCCCUCGACUCCGCCGCCACAGAAAUUCGUCAUCGUGUCGUCGCAACAGAAGAAUCAGACGCAGCCAGCCAGCAGUGCAGGACACAUUGUCAUGCACAGCUCGCAGCCAACGAUAGUUCGCAGUCAAAAUUCGGUGGUGGUGACGAGCGGACCGGCGGGCGUGGCGCCGCCACAGAAGGUGGUGGUGGUAGGCGUACCACCACCCACGCACCAGUUGCACCAGACCCACCAACAACAUCAGCAGCACCAGCAGCACCAACAGCAUCAACCGACCGCUGGUGGGGUUAGCCAGGCGCCGGUGUCAGUUGUGGCUAAGCCAGUGUUCGCCCGCGGAGGCGCGACCCCGCAGCCCCCGCCGGAGCUAGACGACCUCUCCCAUCUUGCCUGACGACCGCGCACCUACAGCUUCAUCAUCAAGGAGGUCCGCAAAAAGAACGCAUAACGGCCUCGUCGCUUUCUGUGCGUCCGCUGCUUGGUGACAAAGCUAUCAUACCUAUAUUAAAGCUUAGCGUUCUCCGAAACAUAGACAAUGUAGUUUAGCGUAAAAGUGUUUGAAACAAGCUGUGCUGCCUGCGUUUUGCAAUAAUAUUUUUCAACUUGGCAGGGUUGAAAUUGGCUGACCGUACAUGUGCUAUGUACAUGUUUCACUUGGUACUAUUAUUGAAUUCCUAAAAACUGAAUCUUGGCAGCCACUCGCCUUAGGCCACCUUGUAUUGCGUGUAUCCUUUUUUGCAAGGAAGAUUAGGAAAAAGGAUCGCAGUACUAAAAUCCAGCUGCCAUUUUGAAGGUUUUGGAUUUGAAUUAUAGUAUUAAUUUUGGACUAAGUUGUUACACAAGCGUAUGAGAGGGAAAUAGACGAUUUCGCUCUUCUCCUCGAUAAGAGCGACUUUUUUCGCGACGUGUUCUUGUAUUUGUAAUUAUAAAACAAUAUGAUCGGACAAAAAUAUCGCGUCCCAGUAUAUAAUCGUGGCCUAUCUUUACCGGCUGACAUAUCUACCUAUUAUUUCUUAUAAUGUAAACAAUCUCUACGUUACACUUUAGUUUACUGUAAGUUUUAAAAAUAUUAAAAAGGAAUUAUACAUAGAGAUAAUUGAAACAUAUUAUGUAACGUAACAUACAUAAACAAAAUCUUUCCUAUUUCAUUUGUUUUUUAUUACUAUCAUUUAUAACACCCUUUUGUUUGUUCUAUUUAUAAAACACACUUUAAAAAUGAAGAAAUUUACAUUAUGAGACAGGUAACAAAAAACAGAGUAUAGACAAUUCUUUUCUGCAUCGCUUGCGUGACAGCUUAUGCUAAAAUGUAGGCGAAGACACCACCUAAGCGACAAGACAGUGAUGCGACUUCGACCUGGCUGUGACAUGACUGACGUCAAUAAAUCUGCAUAUAACGAGUAAGGCAUGACACGAUUUUUCACUCUGAAGCAUACAUGACAGUGUGCCAAACUCGCAAAUACUUUAAAAGUUACAUGCAAUAUGUAGAAUUAAUGUCCGAUCCGUGAGGAUGCUGUUAGUUUAGGAUAUAUGUUAUAUCGCGAUAUAAUAGUAAACUCUACAUUUUCUGAGAAUCAACAAAAAUAUAUCCGCCUUGAAAAUGAAAUGAAAUUGCAUAAAACAUAUUAAAUACUGAAUGAUGUUCAGAGGUCCAGUCUUAAUAAAGCGACAACAGCUGAAAACAUGUUCUCAAGAUCUGGAUGCUUAAGACCGAUUUUGAGCAGCUCGAUGUCACAUAAUUACGUGCCUUAGUAAGUAAAACCAAUUCAUUUAUGAGAAUUUAAAAAUUAUUCUUAGCGUCACGUUGAUACUUUUAAAUCAAGUUAUUAUUAAUACGUCGUAUGCUAAGUAGGGCUAGUAUGCGCACCACGAGAAAAUAUUAUCCACCCAUUAUCUCGUCUAUCUCUAUAGAAAAAAUACCCUGUAGAUAUAAUUAUCUCGUGGCACGCAUGCUAGCCAUACAAAUAAAGCUUUAUUUGAGGUCUCACGCUACAUGGUACUUACACAUCACGUCAUACGUAACGUGAUUAUGAAGGUAACCAUCAGAAUCCUUUUUCCAAAUACUAAUUAGAGCAGUAGAAUAUUAUGUACUUAUAGUAUAAUUUUCCAUAAUAAGAUAGAAGGUUUUUUUUUAUGCGUAAACGUUUUACGGUGAUCAAGCAAUAAAAACGUGAUAUAUAAGUUAAAAAUUUUAGAAAAGCAAACUUAAAUGUAAUUUUACUAGAGCCUUUUAUAUUUUUAGCAGAGUGGUAACAGGUUUCAUAAUAAACUAGCUGUGCCCCGCGGCUUCGCCCGAGCAUAAUUUUGGAAAAAUCUAUUUUUCCAUACAAAUUUUCACCCGCUAUUGUACGCAAUUUACUCCGGCCCACGGCGUCGCAUUGCCCCGGUGCAAUUAACCUGGGCCAUUAAAUAAAAAAAAAAAAAAAACAACUGGGUAGUUCCACAGAUUAGCGCUUUCAAAUGAAUUAUUAGUUUUUGCGAGCUAGUUUAGAUAUAGCUAUAAAACAAUUUUCAUAUCUAUAUAUCGUAAUCAUAAUAUUAUUACUAGGUAUUGUAUUUUAUUGCUGAAACUGGACUUAGUGUAAGUUUAAAGUUGAGAAAUAUAACGUAAGUUCUACGUUACUACGCUAAAAUUGUUUGAAAAUAACUACGUGUAGAUUUUUUUAUUAGUAAUGGACUGCCAAAAUUUUGCAGAUCCUUUCCCCAAUAUUAGUACUUCCCCGGACGAGCUCUGCGACAAAAACACCCCAACUACUAAAAAUGGCCUCAAUGGCCCUCUAUCUAUCUAUCUAUAUAUAUAAAAGAGAAAGUGUGUGGGUAUGUUCCGUAUAGGCUCCGAAA